AUGGGACCCUCUAAUACGAUAAGGCCAUUGGCAAGCCGGAUUGUCCAGGUCUCGGCAUCAAAGACCUCGUCUGUUGUCCCUAGAGUCGCCUGCUUCUCCACGACUGCACCGCAAUGCAAGCGCAGGACCAAGGAUAACAACAAAAAGCGAGGUGUGAGUAGCUUGUACGGAUCCGGACCUCGCGAGCCUUUGUCCAUGUCGAACAUACCGCUACCGAAACCCGCCGAGCAUAAGCCCAAGAUUGAGGUUGACCCCAACCACGGUCUCUGGGGAUUCUUCCCAGGCCAGGGCAAGUUGCUGGCCACACCCAAGGAGACCGAAGGGCAUGGACGUGCAUGGACGGUCGAGGAAUUGCGAAAGAAGUCGUGGGAGGAUCUGCAUGCUCUGUGGUGGGUAUGUUGCCGAGAGAGGAACAUGCUUGCUACAUCGAGGGUAGAGCUCACUCGAUCCAAGCUGGGAUUUGGUGAGCGGGAGAUUGAUACUCGAGAUGAACAGGUCAUGAAGACACAGCGAGCUAUUAAGCAUGUCCUGACAGAGCGAUAUUACACAUGGCAGGACGCCGUCGGCGUCGCCAUGAACGACCCCGAGAUCAAUUUUGAAGGCGCAGAUGGCCAAGUUUACACACCAUCGGCAUACGAGGAUGAUGUUGAUGUUGCUGAGUGGACACAACCGGAGGCAGAGUCAGAGGCGGCCAAACAGCUUGAUCCUGCUACAACAGAAGUGCAGGAGGCAAAGAUUGAAAAGGAGUUGAAGAAACAAUAA